AUGGCUAUUGAGGACGUUCGAGAUUUAUUAGUGGAAGAAGAAGUCGACGAUGCGGAUUUGAUGGAAAUGGCAUCUGAAGCUGUAAAUCAAAUCGAUUCUAAGGACACUAGCGCUGAUGAAGAUUGUGCAAUUACUAAUUUAUCAUUAAAAAAAAACUCAGAAUUCAGAACCCAGAACCCAGGACACAGAAUUCAGAACUCAGAACUCAGAACACAGAAGUCAGAAGUCAGAACUCAGAUCUCAGAGUUUAAAAUUCGGAACCUAAAACUUAAAACUCAGAACUCGAAUUCAGAAAUAACAACUAAUCCAUACAAUGGAUAUGGAAUAUCUUCGACGACCAGAGGCAUGAUGGCAGUUUCAAGGAAAAAAUUAGAGAAAGCGCUGGACGAUCCUCUCGAGAAGGCAGUGUUGUGUCAAACUUGCAAUAGCAAUAACGACGCCGACAAUAACAACAACGACAAUAACGACAACGACCACAACAAUGACAACAAUAAUAACAGUAAUAAUAAUAAUAAUAAAAAUGUCAUAAGGUGA